CAUAUUCGGCAUGGAGGCCCAGGUGUGCAAUAUUCAAGUCCUUCUGCAGGCUGCUGAAUAUCUGGAAAGAAGAGAAAGAGAAGCUGAACAUGGGUACGCCUCAGUUUUGCCCUUUUACAAUAAAUCUACAGAGAAGAGAAGAAAAGCCAAAAGCAAACGGGGUGCAGCGGGGAACAGCAGGUCAGUUCAUAACGAACUAGAAAAACACCGGCGGGCACAGUUGCGGCAUCACUUGGAGCAGCUGAAGCAACAGGUUCCGCUGUCUUCGGACUCGUCGAGGAACACCACUUUGAACCUGCUGAGGAGGGCACAGAUGCACAUAAAGAAGCUGCAGGAGCAGAACGAACGCGCCGAGGUAAUGAAGGACCGACUGCGCUGGGAGCAGCACGAGCUGCGUCUGCGGCUGCAGCAGCUGCAGAGCGGCACGGAAAGGAUGCGCAACGACAGCCUGGGCUCGACCAUUUCCUCCGAAAGAUCCGACUCGGACAGAGAGGACGUGGAGAUCGACGUGGAGAGCGUGGUUUGGACUCUGGACUCGGCGCAGAUGGACGCCGAUCACAGUUACUCCUCCUCCGAUCACUCCUGGUUAUGACGACCGCUUCCAAGCGGCCGGCGUUCGUUCGUUCGUUCGUUUUCUAAAAUACAUUCCAAAAACAGUACGGCGAGGUCGAGGGGGAGCAAAAAACGAGCUUCAAACACCAAAAUAUCUGAAGGUUUGCAACAACAAAAAACAUUGAACCGUCAGACUCGGGCUGUCUGCAGGCGUGACUGGAAUUUUUGGUGAUCAAGAUCUAUGAUUUUUGAUGAUAAAUCGGUGCUGUAGAUAUACACACACACAGACACACACACACACACAGACUCGAUCGAUAAAAACUCUGCCAUAUUCUUUUCCUUAUUUUAUCCUUUGUUCACAUUGCACUUAUCGUUCCUCUCACUUCAAGCUAACAGGCUCUGUCGGAGAAACUGCAG